AUGCCGAAACGUACGGCUGAAGAAAAGACUGAGAAAUACCAGAGAAAAAUUAGGAAGUUAAAUAAACGUAUUAGAAGAAUAGUGACGUCGUCAGAAUCUUCGGACGAAAGUAAAGAUGAACAUCCUCCGGUAGUGGAGUCAGUGGUAUCGGUUCCGGAAGAUUUACCGGAAAUAGAGAAUGAGGAAGCGAUGGAGCUACCUACCAACGACAUACAAGUAUCAAAUUUUCCUGAAUUAGAACCAGAAUUGCUUCAAGCACUAGGAGAGGACAAUAUAGAAGAACCCGAAUAUGGCGAAAGUAUUCAUGAUGAUUUGGCAAAGCGUUGGUUGCCUAUAAUUAAAAAAGGUUUGUCUAAAGAUAUUAAAGAAAAAUUGAACAAGGAAUACCUUGUCCCAGAAAAUUUUAAGCUUCUCAGGCCACCAACUUUAAAUACUGAGAUAAUUACAGCUUUAGCAGAGACUGUGAAAUCCCGGGAUAAGAAAUUAAAAACCAAUCAACAGCAGCUAGCUAUGGGCAUAACAGCUGCAAAUAAAGCUUUACACUUGUUGCUGUCAAACGGUGAUAAAGCAGAGGCAGUAAAACACCUCAGUAACUGCUGUCGAAUUUUAUUAGACCUUCAUGCACUUGAAACAAAAUGGCGUAGAAUACUGGUUACGAUGUCACUAGACAAAUCGUUUCAACAAAUUGUUCAAGACUCGGAAAGAGAUGAUACAUUAUUUGGAAAUAAUCUAUCUGAGAAAAUCAGAAAUUCAAAAUGUUCUGAAAAACUAGGUUCACAGUUUAAGAAAACUCAACCACCUAAAUCUUUUCCUACUCAAACACACACCCGACCAGUAACAACCGGUCAGGGAAACUGCUUCAGACCUCUCGACGAGCCGGGGAGGGGGACGAGGUGGCCAGAAGAGAACAGCUCCACCUCCACAGCGGCAACCACCAUCGUCAACGGCGAGGUCUUCGUACCAGAGCACGAGCAGGAGUCGUGCCCCAACGCGGCGAUAAUCCAGCGGGAUUCACCCAUUACACCAGCAGCUUACCCUGGCUGCAGCGAGGCUCUCAGGCUAACGUUCCUUCGGCAAGGUAUUCCUCCAGAAUCCUUUGAUUUAAUGUUAUCCUCAUUAGCUGACAAUACAAAAAAGCAAUAUAACGUUUGUUAUAAACUCUGGUGGGAAUUUUGUUAUUGUAUUAAUAUAUGUCCUUUAGACAAUUCCGUUAGUAAAGUUUUAUCCUUUUUAACGUGUCAAUUUAAUAAAGGUGCCUCGUAUGGUACAAUUAAUAGUCACCGAUCCGCGCUGUCAUUAUUAUUAGGUAGCAGUAUCAGAACAAAUGAACACAUAAAACGAUUUUUAAAAGGAGUAUUUAGACAAAAACCUAUUAAACCUAAAUAUUCUGAUACAUGGGACUCGCAAAUAGUAUUGCAAUGGUUAUCAAAGUUAGGCGCGAACACAGAAUUAUCAAUGGAAUUACUUAACAAAAAACUUGUUACUCUACUUGCUCUUUGCACGGCACAAAGAGUACAAACAUUGUCAUUAAUAAAAUUAAAUAACAUUAAUUUUUAUGCAGAUGGAAUUAAAAUAAUUAUCACCGAUCAUAUUAAAACUUCUGCAAUAAAUAGACAACAACCACUUCUUUGGUUACCGUAUUUUAAAAGCAAUCUAUCUAUUUGCCCAGCUAGUGCUAUUAAAGAUUAUAUUUCCCGUACAAAAAGCUUAAGAAAAACUAUUAAUGCUGAUAAUUUAAUUUUAACUAGUAAAAAACCAUAUAAACCUGCUUCAUCCCAGAGCAUUAGUCGUUGGAUAAAACAGGCGCUUUCUGAAAGUGGCAUUGAUAUUUCUGUGUUCGGGGCCCAUAGUACGCGACAUGCGUCCACCUCAUCAGCUAAAGCUGCAGGUGUGGGUAUAGAGGUGAUUAGAAAAACAGCUGGCUGGACCUCUAAUUCUAUUGUUUUUGCAAAGUUUUAUCAAUUACCUAUAAUUAAUAAUAAUUCAAAUUUUGCACAAUCUGUAUGCUUAAAAGAU